AGCUGCAUGUAGGCAAAGGGGAAGGGACUAAUUAGACUCCUUGUAUACUGACUGAUUGCAGUCUCAAUGGGGCUGUGAGGCGCCUGUUCUGUUUUAUGUUCAGUGUAACGUGGCUAUCGGCGGACAGGGAGAGUUGCAAUUCCAUGAAAGCCACAGGUUGUGGAUCCCCGGCUUGUACCUGUGCAGUUCCCGUACAUGCGUAUCUGCUGCCUGUCCCUAAACUGCGAGCGCAGCCUACAAGCGGGUCCCUGGGCGGGCCUGGACAGGAGGCGGUCUCUCUGGAGAUAGAGAGGGAGGGAGGGAGCGGGGCCGCUGUUGUUUCCGCGCUGUGAGAGCUGCCGGGUUGGCGGCUCCAGGGAAGGAACAGCACCGGUAAAAGCGCAAUCGGCUCUGGGGCGGAGGGAAUAUACCAUCUACAGGGGGAGGCGGAGGAACGUUCUAACUUCCUGGACUCAUUUGGAUUGUUCUUCCCGGAUCCAGUUUUUCCCGCAGCUUUCUGUUCUCUAGCAGGCGAUCUACGGAGCAACCGCAGCCAGGGCACGACCUGGCAGCACAGAUUAAACAACUGCUGGAUUAAUCUUGUGGAGGGAGUUGUUCUGGACAAGUACAGCCUUUGCUGCACAAGAGAAAGGAGGCAUGUAAGAAGCGUCUGGCAUUUAAUCUCCUGGAGGAAAUCUAUGAAAGAGCCCAGAUCGGAGUGGAUAGAAGCAAUGGGAAUUGGAGGCCAUGGUAACCUGACAUAAAUGGCAGGCUGGAGCGAUUCUCGCCUCUUCUCCUCCUGCUUUAUUUGUUGGUUCUGGUGCUGCUGUUUCUGUUUCCCUGAGGAUUUUCACAUUGUUAUACUGAGGGCAGUGAUCCAGCAGUUUGGGUGAGUGUUGGGAAGGGGUGAGGAGGGUGGCCUCACCAUGAUUCAUCUCUGGAAACUUGUGCGUCACAUGCGACAGUUAGAGCUCCAUCGCUUGAUCUUGCUACUUAUUGCCUUCAGCUUAGCUUCCAUGUGUUUCUUGGCUUACUAUGUUACUAACAGCCCAAAAAUCAAGGAGCCACCCCCUCUACCCUUCAGUGACUGCAGCAGCCAGCAGAGAACAGUGGUGCAGCCCCAAGCUAGCUGGCGAAUUGCAAAGUCGGUGGAUACUUCCCGUACCGAACCAGUGGUGCUUGUGUUUGUGGAAAGUAUCUACUCACAGCUUGGGCAGGAGAUCGUAGCCAUCUUAGAAUCCGGACGUUUUAAGUAUCGGACAGAAAUAGCCCCUGGAAAGGGGGACAUGCCAACUUUGACUGACAAAGAUCGGGGCCGAUAUGCUCUGAUCAUUUAUGAGAAUAUACUGAAGUAUGUGAAUUUAGAUGCAUGGAACAGGGAACUGCUAGACAAAUACUGUGUGGAAUAUGGGGUUGGUAUCAUUGGUUUCUUUAAAGCCAAUGAGAACAGUUUACUUAGUGCUCAGCUGAAAGGGUUCCCUCUUUUCCUACAUUCCAACCUGGGAUUACGGGACUACCAUAUCAACCCAAACGCCCCUCUUCUUUAUGUCACUAGAGCAAAUGAAGUAGAGCAGGGCCCCCUCCCUGGGGAUGACUGGACAGUAUUCCAGUCGAAUCAUAGCACGUAUGAACCCGUUUUGCUAGCUAGCACCAAAUCGGCAGAAUCAAUCCCCCACCUUGCCACACACAAGGCACUCCAUGCAACAGUGGUACAGGACUUGGGCCUUCAUGAUGGAAUCCAGAGGGUGCUCUUUGGCAACAAUCUUAACUUUUGGCUGCAUAAGCUAAUAUUUGUUGAUGCUAUUGCCUACUUGACUGGCAAACGUCUCUGCCUCACCCUUGACCGUUAUGUUUUGGUGGAUAUAGAUGAUAUAUUUGUUGGUAAAGAAGGCACAAGGAUGAAAGUUUCUGAUGUGGAGGCCUUGCUGAACACUCAGAGCAAGCUGAGAACACUUGUUCCGAAUUUCACAUUCAACUUGGGUUUCUCUGGAAAAUUCUAUCACACAGGCACAGAUGAAGAAGAUGAAGGAGAUGACAUGUUGCUUCUACACCGGAAGGAGUUCUGGUGGUUUCCCCACAUGUGGAGUCACAUGCAACCUCACUUAUUCCAUAAUGUCACUGUCCUUGCAGAGCAAAUGAAACUCAACAAGCAGUUUGCCCAAGAGCAUGGUAUCCCUAUAGAUUUAGGCUAUGCUGUGGCACCUCAUCACUCAGGCGUGUAUCCAAUCCACAGCCAACUCUAUGAAGCCUGGAAAUCCAUAUGGAACAUCCAGGUAACCAGUACAGAAGAAUAUCCACACUUAAGGCCAGCCCGUUUCCGGAGAGGUUUCAUACACAACAAUAUUAUGGUUUUACCACGACAAACUUGUGGGCUUUUCACUCACACCAUAUUCUACAAUGAAUACCCUGGUGGCUCAAAAGAACUUGACAAAUCCAUCCGUGGUGGUGAACUUUUCCUGACUGUUCUACUCAACCCAAUCAGCAUCUUCAUGACACAUCUCUCAAACUACGGCAACGACCGCCUGGGGCUGUACACCUUUGAGAGCUUAGUGAAGUUUGUGCAGUGCUGGACCAACCUCCGGCUGCAAACGCUCCCACCUGUCCAGCUGGCAAAGAAAUACUUUGAAAUCUUCCCUGAGGAGAAGAACCCUCUGUGGCAGAAUCCAUGUGAUGACAAGAGGCACAAGGAUAUCUGGUCCAAAGAGAAGACCUGCGACAGGUUGCCUAAGUUUCUUGUUGUUGGACCCCAAAAGACUGGUACGACUGCACUAUACAGCUUUCUUGGCAUGCACCCUGCUGUCACUAGCAACUUUCCAAGCCCAGUCACUUUUGAAGAGAUCCAGUUUUUUAACGGGAUAAACUACCACCAAGGCAUUGACUGGUAUAUGGACUUUUUCCCUAUGCCAUCGAAUGCCAGCACAGAUUUCAUGUUUGAAAAGAGCGCUAACUACUUCGACUCCGAAAUGGUACCAAAACGAGCUGCUGCUCUUCUGCCCAGGGCCAAAGUUAUUGCUCUUCUGAUCAGUCCGGCAGACCGAGCUUACUCCUGGUAUCAGCACCAGCGAGCACACAAUGAUCCAGUAGCACUGAACUACACGUUUGCUCAGGUGGUAUCUGCAGGGCCACAUGCACCACUAGAAUUGCGAAACUUGCAGAACCGCUGCCUGAUCCCUGGAUGGUACUCUGUGCAUUUGGAGAGAUGGCUCACCUACUUUCCAGCCAACCAGGUUCAUAUUGUGGAUGGCCAGGAGCUGCGGAGUAACCCAGCCACUGCUAUGGACAGUAUCCAGAAAUUCCUGGGAGUGACCCCACAUUUAAACUACACCCAGGCCCUUAAGUUUGAUGAAGCAAAAGGAUUUUGGUGCCAGUUGGCUGAAAACGGAAAGACAAAAUGCCUUGGCAAGAGCAAAGGCCGAAAAUACCCAGAACUGGAGCCAUCGUCUCGUAGUUUCCUCACAGACCUCUUUCGGGAAAACAACAUUGAACUUUCCAAGCUGUUGAACCGAUUGGGUCACCCUCUGCCAACAUGGCUACGAGAGGAGCUGCAGAAUUCCAACAGGAGUUGAAGAUGAAGGCCCUUUCACACGGAAAAUGGCGGCAGCAGCAAGAAGCAAACAAAGCUUGGGAAGAUUUCUCCGCUGCAUUGGCUGCUCUUUGCUCCAGUUAUGGAAAUAAACAAGACCAUGAAUGGCGACAUUGCUUGCGGGUGCCACUAACUGUGUUCUCAUUGCUGUGGUACGUGGACCUCUAGUGUGACAGGCUGACAGCAACCACCAUUGCCUGCUAUUUGCUAUUACAAGUCACCUGGGACGCUGGAGGUGGUUGGGUGGAAUGUGACUCAUUGUACUAAAGUGUUACGAAACCUCGGGCCUCCAAAGAGCCAAGAGUAAUGGAAUUGCACAAACAACUUCACCCUAACAAGGAACUUAGGGCAUUGAUUCCUCCUCCUGAGUUUGGGGGGGGGGCGAUGGUACAAAUUGUUCUUCAUAGUAUUGUCAGCUGAACGUAGCCGAGGAGACACAAUUUAUCCUUUAGAGCAGCUCCUCCAGCUACACAUUUACAGUUUAAAGAUGUGGAAAAGAGCUUCUAAGUCCAUUUCACACUGGGACCUUUCUACCCUUUCCUUGAUACAUUUUAAACGCACACUUAAACUCCCCUCUUCCUAUAAUGCAUCAGGAUAAACCUGAGAUUCAAGAAACCGGCAUAUCGAACCCAGCAUCUGCAGCUAGCCCCACAGUUAUGGUUUGCACGUUCUGCUGGUGGUUCAUGUUUUCACAAUGUUUUCAGUUUAAAGGAGAAGAAAAGCUACCAAACCAGUUUAUUGCCAAUAGAUUAGCCACUAUAGUGCAAGCUAUAAGACUAUAUUUAUUCUGCAGAAUGCUUUACCAUACCUGAG